AGUAGGGUUCAAAAUGCACAGCCAUCAGAGUAACCACUAAAAGGAAGACAAAAUACGAGAAAACUAAACGAAAGAGAUUAUAAACCGCCCACGCAAAAUACCCACAAAAGUACACGUAGCCGCUAAGCCGACAUCCGACAUCCAAACGGCAAUCCUCAGAAACAACAAACAGAAAGAAAACAGAAACGAGCCAUGGAACGCCGCCAAGCCCUAGACUCAUCGAUGUCUUCGCUCUACUCGGCCGCGUCCUCCACGAAUCCCCGCCAGCCGCAGAACCAGAGUCAGAGCCAGACGCAGGCCAUCCAGCUCCAGUCGCAGCAAUCUCAACAGUCCCAGCUAGACGCCUUCAAUUAUUCAGCAACAAUGUCAUCAUCGUCGCCGACUCCGAGCCAGGCCAUGUCCACAGCCAUGUCCACGGGCACCACCUCCAACUACAACACCACUGCCCCUCUGCGUGCCACCACCAUCGGCACCGUUGUCGUUCGCUGUGGACCCGUACAGCUGGUGAUAGCGCUCCUACAAAGCCCAGAGAAGAUUUACAUCAAAGUCGUAGAACUAGAGCCAAAAAUCACAGCCCUGGGUGACAACCUGGAUGAAGCAGUGCGUAUGCAAAGGGAGCAUGAUGAAACGCUCAGGAAUCUACAGAGCCUUCCCGGACCCAUGGAUGAAUUCGUCCAGAAGGCCGACAAGUUGCUGGCAAGCAAGCGAAUUAGUUCCGAGCUGGUCAACGCCAUGGCCGACACCCUAAACAUCAUUUGGCAGGACAUCCUCAACCUCCUUCAGGACCGCCAGCACAUCCUGCUCCUCUGCACACAGUUCCACGACAAGAUGACGCAGUGCUUCAGAAAGAUGGACCAGCUGGAGCUAGCCUGCGAGGAGGUUCUGCAGCCCCUGGACGUGCCACGAGUUCAGGAGUUUCUCAGCAGAUUCAAGCAGCUGCGAAUCGACAUGCUCACGGGUGUGAUGGCUGCCCUAAAGGACGGGAACGAACUUCUGGCCCAGCUGGAGGAGCUGGAAAAGCUGGAGACCCUCGACACGAGACCGGAACACAUUAAACGCGACGCCACCAGGGCGGUUCACCAAGUCCAACAGUGGCUGGAGGCCCUACACGACCGGCGAAAUGACUUGGAGCUGGCCUGGCAGACGAGGAAGACCCAGAUGGAGCAGUGCCUGGCAUUGGGCAUACUUGGAAGGGAACUAGUCGACUUGGAGUCUGCCCUCCAACACGCAAGAAUGGAACUCAACACCAUGUACAGUCUUGGCGAGUGCGAGCACACGGCUAACGAGAUGCUGACAAAGUAUAGGGAGUGGAAGCAGCAAGCCCUGCUCCUCCGGGAUAGAGCCCUCAAGAUCACCAGGGCCAAGGAGAAGGUCCAGUCUGCCGGCCACUUCACCGAAGACGAGGCCUGUGCCAGGGCCUAUGCCGUUCUGAGUGGCUGCACUGAGCACCUUGACUUGGUGGACCAGCGGGAGCACUGGCUGCACCAAUCUCGCGAGUUCUUCGCCAAGGCCGAGCACACCCUGAGCGUCCUCGAGAAGCUGGAGCUGGAGUUGGCCAGCGUGAAGUUGCCCCCGAACUCCCCAGAGAGCUAUGCCAUGUACUCCAAGGUGGAGCGGGACGUCCGAAACUUUACGGAGGAGCCGUUGCGGCUGGGCUACGGCAUUCUGGACGAGGUGGGUCGCACGCAGCCGGAGACCCAGGGAGUGAAGCGAGUCCUCGACGAACUGGAGAACCGCAAGGCCUACAUCGAGGGAAUUUGCGCGCACAGCAGCGAGGAUCAGCAGAAGGUGCAGCGGGCACUGAGCGAGUUUCUGGCCCAGCACAAUGAACUCCUGGCCUGGCUGAGGGCUUCCGGACAACUCCACCUGCAACAGAAUGUGAAUAUGGGUAGGAACCUCCAGCAGGCCAAGCAGUUUCUGCUGCAGCACCACGAGCUCAUGCAGGAUUUGGAGAUCAAAGGCGAACUGAUCAACCUGCUGUUGGAGUCCAUCAAAUCUCACCUGGAGUCGCUGAGUCCCCAGCAACGCUACGAUGUGGACUCCAAGGCCGAGUCCUUGCACAAGCACUGGAUUGAGUUGAAAGACCUCGUCCUCAAGCGCGUGGACCACGUUUCCCUUCUAAUCGACUUCUUCGAGCUGGCCAACGAACUGUCCAGCCAGCUGGACAACCUGCAACGCCAGCUGCAGCAAACCCCCGACGAGCUCAAGCUGCAGUUCCUCCAGGCCACCUGGGCAGGCAUCGCCGCUACCUUCAGCGAACUGAAGUCCCGUGGCCAGAGAUUCAUCAACUUGAAAAUUGUGGAUCCGUAUCUCGAGACGAAAUCCUCGGCACAGGCGGUGGAAGAGACGCUGAAUGGCUUCAGUAAGCGGCAGGUCGACGUGACGAGCAGUUUGGAGAAUUGGACGACCAGCAUAGCAGAGAAGCGAGAAGUCGAAUAUCUACUUGAGAAAGUCAUGAGCGACAACGAGGAGACUGUGGCCAAGAGCAGCCAGGUGGACACCCAGUUGUAUCCUGUCUUCACCUCCCCCAGCGUAGACUCCAAGCAACUGCUGACCAUAACCCAUGAGAAGCUCGCCAACGUUAGCCAGGACAUCGAAAGGGCUCAGGAUGAGAUCCAGCAACGCAUUCAGACCACGCUCAGCAUCCAGACCAAGGACCAGCCCUCGCUGGCCAAGAUCGAGCAGGUCAUCAACAACCUGCGCAUGCUGAAGGCUAAGCUUGAUGGGAUCAAGUACGACUACAGGACCCUGGUGGAUAACAUUCUCCAGUUCCUGGAGAACAUAGUGCAGCUUCGCCGCGAAAUCGACGAGUACUUUGCCUCCAAGCAGCAGCCCUCGUCCACAACUGCCGGAGUGGAUCGCAGUAUUGCGGAGCACGAGAAAUUCCGCGAUCUCUGCAUGGAUAAAUUUAGAUCGCUAAUCACACAAUCCGAACUGCUCAUCGAUCGGGUUCGGGUGCUGGAGCCGCCGGGAGCCCGCGAAAUCGACACCGAUCGCAUUCUGAAGUUGCUCGAGAAUCUCCGCAUCCACUUCGAGUCGAACAGCAGCGCCCGGAUGUCGUCGCUGGAGCGUCUGGAGAAGAUCGAGCAGUUCCGCGGCGAUCUGGAGGACAUUGAUCGGAGCCUGGACAGCGUCAGCCAGCAGCUGCACGAGAUCAAUGGCCAGAGUGUGGAUAGUUUGGCGGCCGCCAAGACAACGUCGCUGGCGUUCGAGUAUUUUGAACGGACCAUAGAGCUGCUCGAGAAGCGAAUCGAGAAGUUCACGGAGUCCACCAGCCAGCAGCUUCUGAUCAGUAACCCCGAGAGCGAAGGAUACGUUAAGGACGAACUGCGAAAACUCAACGAAAAAUGGCAGAGCUUCAAGGAUCAGGUGAAGCAGAAACGAAGGAGCCUCAAUCAGGCCACCGAGUUCUUCGAGGUGGUGGAGAAGAUCGAUGCCGAGUAUCGUGAAAUCAGCUACUUCUACACCAGCGUCUCCAACAAGGUUCCCUUUCUACGCGACGCGGUGGAGGCCGGCAAUUUGGUCAACGAUAUCGAAAAGUAUGUGACCAGCCGGGAGACGGAUCUGCGCUCCAAGCUGGACAGUGCCUCCCAGUGCGCCCACGACAUGAGCAAGGUCUCGUCCCUCUACAAUGACGUGAUGAACAUCUUCCAGUCAUUCAUCAAGCUCAAAAUGGACAUCAACAUUGUCCAGGAGCGCCUGAAACAGGAGCAGCGCCAGAAGGAGCAACGGGAGCGGGACGCUCGAGACCAGGCGGAGAGGGAGAAGGCUCUGAGGGAAGCUGAGGCCAGGGAGAGGCUGGCUCGCGAGGAACAGAACCGAUUGGAGAGUCAGCGACAGCAGGCGGCUAUUGAGCAGGCUCAGCGGGAAUUGGCAGCUAGGGAACUGGCUCUGCGGGAGCAGGCUGUCCGGGAAGAGGAAGCCAGACUCAAGGCCAUCCGGGAGCAGGCUAGUCGGGAGCAACUGGCCCGGGAGCAGGCGGCCAGGGAGGAGGAGCACCGCAUUCAGACCCUGCGGGAAAUCGCCAAGCGCGAAGAAGAAGUGCGACUGCAGAGCAAGCGCGAGGAGGAGACCCGCAUCCGGCGGGAGGAGGAGGAGCGCAUCCACAGGGAAAGCGAGGCCCGACUGAAACGGGAGGAGGAGGCCCGAAUUCAGCGCGAGGAGAUCACCAGACUGCAGACGCUGAGGGAUCAGGUGGACCAGCAACGCAUCGUGACCGAAAACAUUCGCAAGGACAUCCAGGUGAACUCUGUUUUCACGGAGCUGCGCUACGCCUCUCCUCUUUUCGUACGGCCCCUGAAGGACGGCGUGACCCGCGAGGGCGAUCGCUUUGUCUUCGAGUGCGAGGUCACAGGUACGCCGGAGCCCACUGUGGAGUGGUUCAAGGACGGCAUUAGCAUCCAAAGCAACUCCGACUACAAAACUACCUUUGACAAGGGAAUCUGUCGGCUGGUAAUCGAGGAAACUUUCGCAGCGGACUCGGCCCGGUUCAGCUGCCGCGCCUCCAACCUGGUCGGAACCUGUGAUACCAAUGCUACGCUGUCGGUGCGAGAGAACGCCGCCGAGGUGCAGCUGGUGCCGCCGAGAAUCCUACGGUUCUUGGAGAGCGGUAAGGCCACUGAGGGCAGCUCCUUCCAGUUUAACUGCGUGGUGGCCGGCGUGCCCCUGCCCACAGUGCAGUGGUUCAAGAACGACAAGUGCAUCGAUGAUUCUCCAGACUAUGUCAUCAGCUACAACAAUGGAGAGGCUAGGCUUCGAUUCGAAGAGGUCUUCCUGGAGGACGAUGCGGUUUACACCUGUAGUGCCUCCAACCCAGCCGGCAUUGAGCACUGCUCAGCUUCUCUGAUUGUGGAGCCUUUGGAACCCACUGAGUUACCUAGUUUCAAGGUGCCUCUGUCGAAUGCCAUGGCCCGAAUUGGCCAGAAAGUCAAGUUGGAGGCUAUCGUUACUGGAAUUCCCAGACCGGAAAUCUACUGGCUACACAACGGAAAACCCUUCCAGCCACGCAAUUCUAAUUACGAAUACGGCCGCGUAACGCUGAUAAUCCCCCAGGCUUAUCCGAACGACGCCGGAUCCUACGUCCUGAGCGCCAAGAACCUAGCUGGCGAGGCCUACACCAGUUGCAACGUGAUAGUCAAGGGUCGUCUGCCCAACGAAACCUCUGAUUCCGAGAUGGCCAGCGACAUUGAGCCGAUCAAGCCCGCAGUCCACCUGCCCCUGAAGGACGUCUCCAUUUUCGAGGGCAAGCCGGUGCGGCUGGACUGCGUGAUUGUGGGCCAGCCCGAGCCGGAGGUCAUCUGGUACCACAACGAACGCCCCGUCAAGGAGUCCGCCGAUGUGCAGCUUCUCUUCCAGGGCGACCGCUGCUCGCUGAUCAUUCAAGAGGUUUACCAGGAGGAUGCGGGCAACUACAAGGUGGUUGCCAUCAACUCGGCCGGAGAAACUUCCAGCAGCUGCGAGUUAAAGGUCACUCCUUUGAACCAGGCCGAGCCCGCCACAAGGGCCCAGGCAGAGAGGCAAUCACUGCCGAAGGAUUCACAGCCCAAGUUUGAGCGGCUGCUCUCCGAUGUGUUGGCGGAUGAGGGUGAGCAGGUCGUCCUCGAAGUGCAGGCCAGUGGUGACCAGCCUCUCACGGCACAGUGGUUCUUGACCAACAAGGAGCUCCAGCUAGACGACCGCAUCACGGUUCAAUCCGAUGCAGAAUCCGGCAUAUUCAAGCUCCUUCUGAACAACGUGAGUGCUGAUGACAAGGGAGUCUACACCGUUAAGGUAUCCAAUCCUGCUGGAGACGCCAAGUGCUUCUCGCACUUGAUAGUGAAGUCUGUGAAUGCCCCAGAGAUUCGCAGGAGCAGUCAGUCCUCCGUGGAGAUUGUGGAUCGCCAUCAGUGCCCCGAGUUCAAGGAGCUCUUCAGCGACAAACAGGGACAGAUCGACGAUGUCGUCAAGUUCGAGUGCAUCGUCAAGGGCAAGCCCACUCCGAAGGUUCACUGGUUCUUCAACGACCAACCUGUUCACGGACACAACUUCCUCGUGUCCACCAGCGGGGAGCGCCAAGUGUUGACCAUUCAAAAGCUGACCCACGACGCCGUCGGCAAGAUCAGCUGCGUGGCCGAGAACGAGGCCGGAAAGGCCACAUGUGUGGCGUUCCUCAACAUCGUUGGCAGUGGUCUCCCUGCUUCCAGCGACGUCCAGACCAUGACCCAGGAGCACAACACUGAGUCCUCGAGGGUGACUAUUAAGAAGCAAACCUUCACCACCACAUCCACCUCGCAGGUGAACUCGUACGAGGGUAAUGCCCCCCAGACGGAGGUGCACCACUCCUCCGCCCACAUCGAUCAGUCGCUAAAGCAGCUGGGCCAGCAGAGACCCGAGAUCGUGGAGAGCCACCACUACCAGGAGCUGCACAAGAGCAAGGAGAUGAGCAGCCCCAGUGUGCAGCAGAAAACCUUUACCCUGGUGCAGUCAGGCGGUGGGGUGCCGAACGGUGCCCAGUCGGCCGUAGCCAUCCCGGAGUCGCCCACUCGCCUACGCCGCGAGAUCGCCCCCCGCUUCACUACUCCCCUCGCCGGCAAGAUCGUCGACCAGGGCACUGAUGUCAGCAUGGAGGCUAUCUACGACGGAUUCCCCUCGCCCGAGAUCAAGGUCGAAAAGAACGGAGGCCAGAUAUUCGACGAUGCCCACACAAAGAUCUCCAACAAGUGCAACCGAGUGACAAUCGAACUGAAACAGGUGGGCGUGGCAGACGCGGGACGGUAUGCCGUGACCGCCUCCAACACUGUGGGCCAGUCCACCAGCACAGCCGACUUGGUCGUUAAAAAGACGAUCUUCCCACCCGUUUUUGGCCGCCGCCUGCAGGCCCAGGUCAGCAAAAAGGGCGAGAAGCUGGUCAUGGAAGUGGAGGUCACGGGACUGCCCGAGCCCACUGUCACCUGGCUGAAGGACGACAAGCCGCUCAAGGACGCCGGCAUCUCCGAGCAUCGGCUGCUAGCUCAGGGCAACUCCUACAGGCUUAUCAUCGAAAAAGCACAAACCUCUGAUUCCGGAAAGUACAUGGUGCGGGCCACAAACGCUGGAGGCGAGGCCAAGAGCAUUGCCGACUGUGCCAUUCUGGAGCCAUCGCCGGAGAGGAUGCAGGAGGUCGUCAAGACGAUAGUUUAUGAGACAAAGCCGGCAGCAGCCAGCGAUUUCAAAACCGAAGCCCAGAUCCAAGCACAGACUCCCGAACAGUCGUACCAGAGUAGCCAGCAGACCAGCACCGUGGAAGCGAGCAGCGCCAAUGACCUGCACGGCUUGUCCGAGUCCAAAGUGAUCACUGAGCAUCGUUGCACCACCGAGGCAACCAUGCGUCUAGAACACACGUCGAACUACCUGGAUCUACCGGAACUGGCUGCUCGCCCCAAAACCCCAACCAGCGCACCAACUCCAGUCGAGACACCAUUCACCACAACGAACACUGCCACGGUCAUCAGCACGGACCAGCCCGAUCUGACACGAGCCAAGGAUCCGCCUCCCGUUCCGCCCAAGCCUUGCCAGCCAGUGGUGGCCAGCCCAUACGGGCAACCACCGCAGAUGGAAACCCUCACCAGCACCAGAUACGAACAGAGCGAGAAGAAGUCCUCCUCAUCGUCCUUUGACUACUUCAAGAAGAUCGACGAGGAGACCAUCACCCAGCGCCCCAAGCCACUGGCCUUCAAGCCACUGGAGACGGUGGUGCGGCAGCCAAAGGCCCAGUCCCUGGCGGAGGAGCUAAGGAGUCUGAACCUCAUACCCGGAGAUGCCCCGGAGUUCCUUUACUCCCCAAAAACAGAGAGGACCGAGCCCAAGAUCCCCUCCAUAAACGAAAAGAUUAAAAUCUUGGCCGAGGUGCAGCCGAAGGAGACUCCACCACAGGGCGGGGUGCCGGUGUUCCCGCCUCCACUCGGGCUGCAGACGGUGCAGCACGAAACCACCACGACCAAGGAAGUGAAGGUGGAGUACGGACAGCCCAUAGUGCGCCCUGCAGCUGUCCUUGCAACUCCUGCCCAACAGAAUCCAAGAUCGCCGUCGCCCAAGCCCUCUGCCGAGGGUGUGGCCAUGUCCAGACUGUGGACGCCCAGUGGAGUCCCUGGUUACACCCCUGCUGACGCAGCUGAGCAGAAGCCAGACAAGAUCCCCAAGCUGGGGACACCGACGCCCACAAAGGAGUUGAAUGCGCCCUUCCUGGUGAAUCAAAUAAUAAAGGGCAUACCCCAAGCCUCAGCGCCCGUAACACACGUCGUGAAUGUGGAACUGGAACCAGGCACUCCUCCGGAGAUCUGCUUUGCUCCGAAGACAGAGGAGGGACGGCGUCACUCCCUGGUGGAAAGCAUGGAGCAGAAGCUGGAACAGAAUCUUAUCCAGGGACCCAGUAAGGUGUUGCCCCACUCGGUGCCCACUCUAACACCGCCCACUAGCACUUACCGGCCACCACCGCCGGUUCUUCCAGCUCGGCUGGGAGUCUAUGAGAGUGACUACGAAAGCGAUCGCUACAAGUACAGUGGCAGCGAGUCGGAGGCGGACCACCAGAAGGCUACCACAGCGACGUCCUUCAAGUCCAGUGGCUACACAGCCGACACCGAGGAGCACUCUAGUUUCCGCAAGUCGGAGACGAGCUACUACGAGACCAAGUCGUCCUCCACAACGGAGCCAAAACUACACCCUGAGCCACCGGCGGCCAUUUACUUCACUCCGAAGCCGCAACCACAAUCGAAUUUUAGCAGCCAGGAGGCGAAGGACUACAAGUACACGUCGUCCUCCAUGACCAGCAACUACUCACAUAAUAUGCAGAGUAGUAGCAGCACUUCCCACCACGAGACCAAGUACUCCUCAUCGGGCGCCCCCGUGGUGACCUAUCCCAGCCCCGUUCCCGCCCAGCGGAAGACUCCUGCUGCCGAGUUCAGCGACUACAGCAGCGAGAUCGAUGAACGCUUCCGGUCGGUGUCCCGGGCCAACGAAUCGGACGCAGAGAUCAAGGGCUACCGGGUGGUGUUCCCCCCCACCCCAACUCCCCGCACGAACUUAGCCCCCGCCAACGGCCACAAGUCGCCGGUGGUGGUGGUAACUCCCUCACCCAUGGAAUUCGAGCCCACUCCGCCGGAGGUGGGCAGCUACGCCAGGCCAAAGUUUGAGCCGAUCGGUGGCAAGGAGAUCAGGCAUGAAAUACGGACAGAGACUAGCUCCAAACAGUCGAAGUUUGGCCAACAGCAGAGCCAGCCGGUGUUCAAGCCAAAGCCCGUGGCCGCCAAGUUCAUAGCAGCCACCCAACAACAGAACCAGCAGCCUCCACAGGCCACCGCCCGUCCGACCAUGUACUACAAUGCUGUUGCUGGAGCUCCGAUGCACCUGGCCAAGGUGGCCACUGAAACGAAGAACGUGAUGCAGAUGCACGAGUCCACGGAGAGCUCCCAGAGGGUGGUGAACAUGCAGCAGACCAAGCGGGUGAUCCACUUCGACAGGCCCAACCAGCAGGAUCAGACGGUGCUGGAGCCCUUCCCCUACAGUCCUGCUGCCAGCCGCACGCCCUCGAGGCAGUCCCAUCUUCCUCCCCCAGCUACUCCCACGAAAUUCAUUCCCGGCGAGUUCCGGGAAAGCGACUACGAGAGCGAGGUGGAGGGAGCCAGAAUCCAGCCCCUGUGGUCGCCCUACGGGGAUGGUCUGACCAAGGGCUACAGACGAGUAGCAGCACCCCAGACGGCGGGCAGAUCUUGCAGUCUGCCACGAACCUAUGAGAGGGUGCUCUCGCCCAUGGAGUUCGAUCGCGGGCCGGAAAUGCCCAGCAAGAUCCAUGUAGAUGUGAAUACGCUGCGGAAGGAGCAGCGUGGUGGCAGCACAGUCACUACCCAGCACCGCACCCAGUCCCUCAACAGGAACUCCACCAUGAGGCAACAGCAUCAGCAACAGCAGCAGCAGUCCAUGGAUCAGAUAGAUAGGGCCGGAACACUGCCCCGCUACGGUUACAACUCCCUGCAGCAGCAGGCCGAGAACCAGGGUCGCCGGUUGGGUUCAACCUUCCUCCAGAAGUCUCAUCAGUUCGUGGAGGAUGUGAGCCGCGACCUGAGAAGUAGCUCCACCACCACAAACGGAGGCAUUCGACAGGGCUUCCGACGGGCUCCCAGCGAAGGUAGCAACCAGCAGCCACAGGCCUUCCGGGACGAGUCGCGCGUGUCCCAGUACGGCACCAAAUGCGUCGACCCCAACACCGGCCUAAUUUAUUUCAAAUAUGACUUCGGCUACGAGUUUGGAAUCCUGUUUCCGGGUGAGGGACACAAGUUCGUCAGCAGCCAGUGGAACAGCAGCGGCGGAAGUCAUCCCAAUGCCAAGCCGAUCCAAAACGGCCGGCAUUCGCCGUAUCCGCUCAAGCUUCCGCCGGGCAACGAGCUUGUGAUUCCCGUCCAGCAUGAGAAGUCCUCUCACGGCUACAGUUCCGACAACGAGAUCCAGAGAAGAAGCCAGGGCCAGGCCAGGAACUUCACAGCCAGACAGCCGAUGGCUCCGCGCAGCAGCCAGAAGCGAAACAGCCUGCCCAGCUGCCACAGCCUGGACAUCCACCUGGAUCGUCUCCAUGCUCAGGCUCCGCGUCUUCCUCCGGAUCACCUGAUCCGAACAGUGCCGGACCUGCCCAAUACGGAACCCGUCAAUGCCCAUUUGAAUCGCGAUGAGCUGGCACAAAGGCAGCCAUUAUUCAUAACGCCGUUGAAGGACAUCGCAGUGGGCGUGGGUGGAACGGCGCGCUUCGAGUGCAUUGUGCAGGCGCAUCCGCAGCCGCAGGUCAACUGGACGCACAACGGCGGAAUUCUGGAGCACGGCAGCCGGCAUUUCAUUGAAUACCGGAACGGCGUGUGCCGGCUAACUCUGCCGCAGGCCUAUCCAGACGACAACGGCAGCUACUCCUGCACCGCCAUGAAUCCGCUAGGAGCGGCCUCCACCAGCGGAAACCUGAACGUUUCCAGCUCUAACCGAGGAUUUAGAUACUAAGCUGUUUAAACUCGUACACUAUUUUGAUUUCAUUAUGAUUUGUUCAGCGCCAAAGUUUCGCUUUAUUGUGUGUAUGUUAUAGCCGAACCCUCGUCACUACCAUUUAUUACCCCCAUAUUGUUUUCUCAGGCCCCAAAAAUCCACAUGCAUACAACGAAAAUAUAUAGUAUUACUUGUGUUUUGUCAAAGAUCAAAUAAAU